AUGGUCAACCUCGAAAUCCCUUCAGAGUAUACUUUCUCGCCUUCUGAAGGUGCGCCACACCUUACGAUCAAUCGAGACGCUACUAUCGAUAUCGAUAGCAGCAAUGCAUUUGAAGGUCCUGAGAAGUUGUUAGAGGUCUGGUUCGCCCCGGCACCAGAUGCCCUCCCUCCGGGGACUAAGAAGGAUGGCCUGAAGGCAGUAUCGAGCGAGACAUGGGAGGAGAUGCUGGACUUGGUCAAUUGCAAAGUUCUUUCGGUCGUGGGGUCUGACCAUGUGGACGCUUAUCUGCUCUCGGAGUCCAGCAUGUUCGUCUUCCCACACAAACUCAUCUUGAAGACUUGCGGUACGACAACACUCCUACUCGGUCUUCGCCGCAUGUUGAGGAUCGCUGCCGUGGAUGCCGGAUUCCCUGUUACCCCUGCUCACAACUCUGAUUCACUCGAUGGAAUCAACACCGCGGCCACACCAUACCGUGUAUUCUACAGCCGGAAGAAUUUUUUGUUCCCAGACAAGCAGCACGGACCGCACCGCAGCUGGAAACAUGAAGUCCAAUUCCUGGAUGAUAUGUUCACCGGUGGAAGCGCAUACAUGGUUGGCAAAAUGAAUGGGGAUCACUGGUAUCUAUAUAUAACGACGCCCAACUGUACACUCACGCCGCCGCGGACCCCCGAAAAUGAAAGAAUUGCAACAGAGACCAAAGCCUUGAAAAUACCAGCCAGCCCAACUUAUGCUCUGGGACAAGGUGUUCCUGGCAACGAUGAUGAGACUCUCGAAAUCCUGAUGACUGAUCUGGAACCCGAAAACGCUAAACAGUUCUACCUUGAACACGCGAGUGCGGUCGCGGAGGGCAAGUACGCAGCCCGGGCUGAAAAAGCACGAAAAGAGGCAGCAGAUAGCUUGGGUGACUUGAGUGGAAAUGGCAUGACGGGCUCUAACCUAAGCGGAACGACCGCUACAAGCAGUGAGGAUGUUGAUGUCUUCACUAACGGCUCCUCGGACAACGAGAUUACCACGCCUGGCGAUGGCGUAAGUUUGCCAGAGGAGCUCAGCACGGAGGGCCAUGCUUUAGGCACCGUCGUCUCCGAGACUUGCGGUCUCUCCGAGGUCUAUCCUUCGUGUCGCUAUCCCGACGCACGCGUCGACGCCUACCUCUUCACACCGUGCGGAUUCUCUGCCAACGGCGUCAUCCCCGCUCCAGACAAGGCCGGCACCGCUACGCAUUACUUCACAGUCCACGUCACCCCAGAGCCACAAUGCUCCUACGCCUCCUUCGAAACCAACGUCCCGGGCCGCCAGAACGGACGCGAGACGGUCGAAGUCAUUGAGCAGGUUGUCGAUAUCUUCAAACCAGGGCGUUUCAGUGUUACACUCUUCGAGGCCAAGGCCGAGUCGGUCGAGGUACGCGAAUUAGGCCUUCUGCAAGACGCGAAGCUCGAUCAGGCGAAGAUCAGGAGCGCGAAGAUGGAGAAGAUCAAAGGAUAUACUCGCGUGGAUCGGAUCGUGCAUGAUUUUGACGGGUAUGAUCUAGUCUUUCGCUAUUAUGAGCGUGACGAUUGGGAGGGUGGUGCGCCGAGGCUAGGGGAGGUUUACGGGUGA